AUGUCGGAUCAUAAGCGUUCGCGGCGACUUGACUGCAUGAGCCUUCGCCGAGAAAUCCCACCUCUCCACCCACCCCCGCCCGUGUCCUCAAGGUGUGAGCUGAAAGCGGAUCUCCGAAGAUGGAAUGCAUCCUGCAGCCCCUGCAUUCCCCCCGGAGAGCCGAGAAUCUCUCUCCUCGGGGUUCCAGUUGGGUUCACCGCUUCCAAUUCAAGCUCGAUCCUUAGAAGCUGCUCGACCCGCCCCUUUUGGACCGCUGUGAAAACCUCGCUGGGUGAAUCGCCCCGGAGCCAGGAAGCUGCAGCCCCUGUGAGUGGGCGGAGCCGAGGAGGGUUCAAAAGGAGGUGGAGGGAUACGCGGGCCACAGUCGGAACUACUUUCAGGAGGAGGUCACGUGUACUUCUAGUUGGGGAACUUUCCAAAUUCCCACUCCCAUAUGAUAGCUGUAGAGGCAAGUGCUUCGCUUCCUUUGCCCGGAGUGCUCCCGCCUUGUACGGGCAGCGGGACCCCAGAGCCUCCCGCGUCUCGAUGGAAGAACAGGCUCAGACGAGCCUCCCACUGGAGCGCUGUCGGGGCUGGCGCCGGAGGAGCUGGUUACACAAGCACCCACAUCCAAGCACGUGCCCCCGCCUUCCCUCACCUUGGCUGCUGCCGCUGAUUCUUACAGAUCUCGGAGCGAGGGUUCCCAAGCUGGUCGCACCCUUUGCCCGCUACCCACAGAGCAAGCUAGAGGACCGAAACCUGGGACUCCGAGCUCUGGAAUCACUAGCUCUGCCUUCCCAACCGUGGGAGAAGGGGCUAGAUUUCAGGGGUCUGGCGCAUCUUUCUCUCUAGCGCCCUGCCCCUUAGGGCGUAACUUUCCUGGUGCUGUACUUGCGGGGCAAAAGGGUAUCUCCUGCAGCAACCCGCUGCGUGAAUUCAACGUCGUUGCGACAAGCUUUCAGUCAAUACUUUCGAGCUGAUGAGCGCG